GUAAGUAAGAACCAGAGGAGCAGGACUUCUCCCUUCGCUUUUAUUCUGUAUUUUGAAUAUACUGUAAUGUCAGUGCAACCUGAAUUUUGUGCUAAAUAAAUCAUAGUCAUAAAUUAAAACAGAAGCAGUAUUGCUCCAGUGGUCUGAUGACCUACUGCAAAAAUUCUAGCCAAAAUUUGUCUAUAUGUACUCAGGGUUUAUCUACCUACAGUGUAAAUGUUAGUCAAAGAUCCUCCAUAUUUGAAGAGCACUCUGCUGUUUUUAAGGACCCAGUCAUCCCUCGUUUAUAAUGGUUAAUUAGUUCCGACCGUGAUAAAUCCAUUUCCGCAAUAUAGGAUUCCAUUUUAAUAAAUGGAAUAUUUUUGUAGUUAGAGCAUAGAAAACCUGUUUGACUUUCUAAAUACAGUUUUUAACAUUAUUACAGCCCUGAAGACAUGCAACAACACUGCUAUAGUCAGCUUUGCGCUCUUCGCACUCUUAUUACACCACGUUGCCCAACUCUUAGGCUGCAGGGACUCGAGACGACCGCUAGCUAGUAAGCUAGCGAGCUAACCAGUUAGCCUCAAAUUGAUCUCUUCUAAACUUAAGAAACCAUAAAUAUACCACUUCCACAUGGAAUCUGAGGAGAACUUUUUUCACGCUAUUAUGACGGACUUCAUGGCUGACUUCAUGACUUCACGCAGUCUUAAGCCCCCCGAACUGAGGAGGAGAGGAAAGGAGAGAAGAGGAGGGAGCAUCCCUCACUUCACUUGCAGAGGACGUCAGCACCUGUCGAAUGGACCGUCUGCUUUGGAGGUUGUUUGUGCUGUGCAGGUCAUGGGGACGCUUCGAGACCUUCAGUUUGCCUUGCAGCUAAAGAUUGAAGAGCUCCGCCAGAGGGACACCCUAAUAGAUGAGCUAGAGCUGGAGUUGGACACCAAGGAUGAACUCAUUCGUAGACUCCAGGAAGAAUUGGAUCGCUACAGAGCCUCUGUGGUCCUGCCAGGUCCUUCUGCAGCCAGUGCGGUCUGUUCUCCUCAAGGUGAUGAUGACUUGCCGGGAGCCAACAGGAAGACAGUCAUUUCUGAGUCCUUCACUCUGGAUUCUGCAACCACCUUUUCCCCGAAAAUCUGUGACAAAAGCCAGGAACGUCAGGAGUUGAUCCAGGCUGCAUUUUUGAAGAGUGAAUUGUUGAAGAACCUUGAUGAAGAUGAAACGAGAGCCGUUACAGCCUGCAUGUACCCCACCAUCGUCCAUCAUGGCUGCUGUGUGAUUCAGGAGGGAAGCAGCGGCUCUCAGGCUUAUGUUUUAGAGGAAGGGAGGCUGGACAUGACAAAAGAUGGACAGAAAUUGCUCACAAUUGAACCUGGAGAAGCAUUUGGAGAGGUGGCGCUCCUGUACAACUGCACACAAGUCUACUCUGUCACAGCACAGUUGGACAGCAAGCUUUGGGUUAUUGACCGCAAGUGUUACCAGACUCUGCUCAUGCAGCGUGGCCAUGACAGCCUGGCUCGGACAUCGGAGCUGUUAAGCAGUGUUCCCUCUCUGCUGUCCUUACCAAAAGAUGCCAUCAUGAAGAUGUGUGAUCUCAUGGAGGAGGCUCACUACACAGAAGGCGACUACAUCAUUCGACAAGGGGCCUCGGGGGACACCUUUUAUAUCAUUAACAAAGGACAGGUGAAAGUCACAGAAAAGAAGCCAGGAGAUGAAGAAGAAAUGGUCCUUUCCAGACUGUCAGAGAGAAAGUGGUUUGGAGAAAAAGCUUUGUGGGGAGAGGAUGUGAGGACUGUGAAUGUGAUUGCGGCCAGUGAUGUUGCAUGCCUGCUCAUUGACAGAGAGACCUUCAGAGACAUCAUUGAUGGAACGGUGUUGGACACCAGUCAUGAGAUGGAACAAAACAUUGGAUGCAAGGACGAGUCAGGGGUCAUGGAUCCUGCCUCCCUCUCAUCCUCCACCUUAACUGAUUUCCAGAUAAUCAGCACUCUGGGAACGGGGGAGUUUGGUCACAUAGACCUGGUGCAGGUGAAGAGCAACAUCAAGUGUCUUUAUGCCAUGAGGAUCCUCAAGAAGACGAUGAUUAUCCACAACGGUCUGCGGGAGCGUGUCCUGAAGGAACGAAACAUCCUAAUGGACGCUCGUUGUCCAUUCCUAGUCAGGUUGCACAAAACCUUUAGAGAUGCUGAGUGCCUCUAUAUGCUGACCGAGGCUUGUCUCCAUGGUGAUCUUUACAGCCUGCUCAAAGACAAAGGCUUUCUAGACGAGAGCAGCACCAAGUUCUACACCGCUUGCGUCACACAGGCCUUGGCCUUUCUUCACAGUCGAAAUGUUGUCUAUAGAGACGUCAAGCCUGAAAAUGUUGUUGUGGACGAGCGUGGUUAUGCCAAACUGAUUGGCUCCAGAAGUUUGAAGAAGGUUGAAGUGGGUAAGAAGACGUACACCUUCUGUGGUACUCCAGGCUACAUGGCCCCUGAAGUCAUCUUGAACAAAGGCCACAGUGUAUCAGCAGACUUCUGGUCUUUGGGGGUUUUUGUGUUUGAACUACUGACUGGUGGGCUUCCGUUCAGCGGCGUUGACCCAAUGAGGAUUCUCAGCGAGACCGUGCGUGGCAUUGAUCACAUCGCCUUCCCAAAAGCAAUCAGCAAGAGUGCCUCCAUUCUAAUAAAGAAACUCUGCAGGCGCAAUCCCUCAGAGAGGCUCGGCAGUCAGAGAAACGGGGCCAAGGACAUUCAGAAGCACAAAUGGUUUGAAGGAUUCAACUGGGAUGGACUAAGUAGAGGAACGCUAAAUCCACCACUCACCCCCAAAGUUAAAGACGUUUUAAACAGCAGCAGUACUUGUGGUCAUUAUACCGGAGACGCAGCAGAGCUGUGCACAACAUGGGAAGAUUUCUGACGGAUAAACAUCACAGACAAGGCUAUUUUUAGGUUUGAUUAUCAAGAAUAAUUUACUGCCACCACUCCCACUGCUGGGAAAAGGUUAUUAUUACAUUUUAUACUGUCAGCAGAUAUUGUAUAAUAAAACAUAACCCUUGAGUGGAGGUGUUUUUUUUUUUUUAU